AUCAAAAGCAAAAUUAAAAUAUUUGGGGGUAUAAAAGAUACACGGGAGGCCUAGAAAGAAAACAUCUCACGUUUGUGCUCCCAUAUGGGUCCCUUGAAGGCCCGAAUAAAAAAGCCCGGUAAAAUUCCUAAACAACUUUCGGAAAGAGCCCCAAAAAAAGGGAAAAAUCGUGUUCAUUUUCUAUGCAUUUAAGCAAUAUAUAUUUGUAUAAGUAACCAUACCCUAUAGUAUAAGCUAAAGUUAACGCCACCACCUUAUCCCACAAAAAAAGACUAACUUAAAGCCACCUUUCACCUCCAAAUUCCAAUUCCGUAACCUUUUCUCCCCAAAUUUAUAGUAUAUUACCCUACAAAGAAGAAGUUGCAUAACUAGCUUCUUCUUCUUCUUCCAAAUUAUCUAAUUAAGUACCUACUUAAGUUCUAAUAAGUACAUGGAUCAACUAAUUACAAAAUUAUUUUCAAUUUUCCUUACACUUUAUAUUUCAACACCAGGAGUAGCAUCAACAACAUUCACACUCCUUAACAAAUGCAAUUACACAGUGUGGCCGGGAAUUCUCUCCAACGCCGGCGUUGCGCCACUUCCAACCACCGGUUUCGUUCUUCAAUCCGGCGAAUCCAAAUCAAUCACUCCACCUUCUUCCUGGGGAGGUCGUUUCUGGGGACGCACACUCUGUUCUCAAGACUCCACCGGAAAAUUCUCCUGUCUCACCGGCGAUUGUAACUCCGGCAAACUCGAAUGCUCCGGUAACGGAGCAACACCACCGGCUACUUUAGCAGAAUUCACUCUCGACGGAUCCGAUGGACUCGAUUUCUUCGACGUGAGUUUGGUCGACGGUUAUAACGUUCCUAUGCUUGUUGUUCCACAAGGUGGCUCCGGUGAUAACUGUAAAAGUACCGGUUGUGUUGAGGAUUUACUCGGCGCGUGUCCUUCAGAGCUUAAGGUUACGAGCGUGGAUGGGAAAGAGAGUGUGGCGUGUAAAAGUGCUUGUGAAGCGUUUGGAUCGGCGCAGUAUUGUUGCAGCGGCGCGUAUGGUUCACCUAACACUUGUAAACCUUCAAGUUAUUCUGAGUUGUUUAAGAAUGCUUGCCCACGCGCUUAUAGCUACGCGUAUGAUGAUAAGACAAGCACGUUUACUUGUGCUUCUGCGGCUGAAUACAUAAUCACGUUUUGCCCUUCCACUAACAGCAACAAACCCAGUAAAAAAUCGUGGGAGGGACAAAAUCCGAAAUCAGAUGGCAGUGACUCAUCAUCAUCACCCCAGCUUAACAACGGUUCAAUGGUGUACGUUGGUGCAUUCGAUCAGAGUGAAAUAUCAUGGGCCACGUGUACUAAUGUAUGGGAAUCCCAAACCAUUCUUCUCACCGUUACAACGGCUAUGUGGCUAUUGUGUCAUUUUCUCCACUUGUAAUCACCGCCUCCUUCAACAUUUUUCCCUCAAAAUUAGCUUCAUGAGCCACGUUUCCCACCAAAUUAGGUUCAUGGGCCACAUGUUUUGAUCAACUGGGCCCUCAUGGCCCAUGUAAGUUGAGUAUGGCCCUUGUAUCCCAAAAAGCCCAUAUGAUUAAAAAUCUGUUGUUCUAAGUUCAACGCUUCGAAGACAUUCUACACAUGGAUGAAAAACUAUGGGAGUGGGUGGCCAUUAUUUAUUUAUUUAUUUCCUUGUCAUUGAGAUUAAUAGGUAUACAUAGAAAUUAGAAUAGAAUUAUUUGUAUUGUGGACUAUGGUAUUCAUUUAUUGGUCAUAUAAUAAUAAUAAUAUAACAA